AAUGUGCUAUUUCUCCUCUUCCCAGUGUCUCAGUUUAAAAUGGUGAAUUACUCUUACGACGAAGACCUGGAGGAGCUGUGUCCGGUGUGCGGAGAUAAAGUGUCGGGGUACCACUACGGGCUGCUCACCUGCGAGAGCUGCAAGGGAUUCUUUAAGCGGACGGUGCAGAAUAACAAGAGGUACACGUGUAUAGAAAACCAGAACUGCCAGAUUGACAAAACCCAGAGGAAGCGAUGCCCUUACUGCCGAUUUCAAAAAUGCCUCAGUGUUGGAAUGAAACUAGAAGCCGUGCGAGCUGACCGAAUGCGCGGCGGCAGAAACAAGUUUGGACCGAUGUACAAGAGAGACAGGGCGCUGAAGCAGCAGAAGAAAGCUCUCAUCCGAGCAAAUGGACUUAAACUGGAAGCCAUGACUCAGGUGAUCCAAGCUAUGCCAACCGACCUGACAAUAUCCUCUGCGAUCCAGAACAUCCAUUCUGCCUCCAAAGGCCUACCUCUGAACCAUACUGCCUUGCCUCCCACAGACUAUGACAGAAGCCCCUUUGUAACCUCUCCAAUUAGUAUGACGAUGCCACCCCACGGCAGCUUGCAAGGUUACCAAACAUAUGGCCACUUCCCAAGCCGUGCUAUCAAGUCCGAGUACCCCGACCCUUACACUAGCUCGCCAGAGUCAAUAAUGGGCUACUCAUACAUGGAUGGUUAUCAAACAAGCUCACCAGCAAGUAUUCCGCAUCUGAUAUUGGAACUCCUGAAAUGUGAGCCAGACGAACCGCAAGUCCAAGCUAAGAUCAUGGCAUAUCUGCAGCAAGAGCAAGCCAACAGAAGCAAACACGAGAAGCUCAACACAUUUGGGCUCAUGUGUAAAAUGGCUGACCAAACCCUAUUCUCCAUCGUCGAGUGGGCUAGGAGUAGCAUCUUUUUUAGAGAACUUAAGGUAGGUAACAAUUUCACAUUGUUUUAUUUAAGAAAGAUGAUUUUUAAUGCUGUACUUUGAACAAGAAAGCAUGGU